AUGGCAAACCCACCACCACUAGACGAACGCUCGAAAAGAAGCCGAGAGAAGUCAUUUGUUCGGUUUGUUAACCUAACCGAACGCACGGUUGAGGUGAUUUGGAUCAAUUUCACGGGGGCUUAUGUCAGUUACCAGUUAUUGGAAAGUGGGCGUUUCGUUGAUGUUAAUACAUAUAAAGGGCACACUUGGAUCGCCAUUGAUCACAAAAGCCGAGAUCGGUUACAAAUCGAUAAGGAGUUUAUUUAUUUUCCCAAAACUACGAAAGAGUAUUUGCAAAAUAUGCUGCCGAAUGAUGUUAAUUGGGAGGCUAUUCCGCCCAAUUUCGAGGCUAGGAUCCGAGCUGUUAUCACAAUCCCGGUCUAUAGUUUACGCUACACUUGUUUGCUGGCAAUUCGGAAUUAUUUGACGAGUCCCGAAGACGCCGAUCGGUUAGAAUUGCCCAAAGAACUAACCGAUGAUUUGAAAAAAGUCGUUUCGCAACGCAACAACCAAAUCAUACACACGUUUAUCAGAAUAGGGGAUUAACUCGUAUUAUCUCUCUGUGAAGAAAUAAGUUAUUUUUUUAUUGUUUUAUUUGUAUGUAUUUUAUAAGGGAUUAAAUGAAAAACAAGAUUAGAAAAA